AUCGAUAAUUCUAGAAACUAUAAUUGCUCUUUUGGUAAAACGACUGUUACUUCGUUCUUUGUUCUCAUUGCUAAGUGCAGUCUCUGAAGAUUAUCUGUGGCCCUGGAUCCUGGUUAGGGGGAAAAAAGAAGAGAAGAGAGGGAAAAAAGGCGACCCACCAGUUCCAAAGCCUCAAGGAUGUGGUAGGUAGAAGUGUAGAGCAUCGUCUGGUGUGUCCAAAAGUCAUGGGUCCUUACCGGAAGAGAAUUUCUUAGACGGGAUUAACUGGGUCCCGUGACUGCAGCAUGCCCGUGAUCCUUUGUCUGUCACGCUUCGAUCCGUCUGUGUGGGAAAAUUGUAGAAAAGCAAAGCGACACUUCUACUCGAAUCACUCCUGUGGACGAUUUUGACAAUUACUUAAUCCCGACCAGCAAAAUUAUCAAUGGUUUUUGUUUUUUCUUCAUCACAAUCUCCAUGGAAGAAAAACUAUAAAGAUGAUAGCUUACUCACAUACGAGUCUCUCUCUGCAACCAAGCUCUGCAAUUUCUUCUUGGCUCCUCUUUCUGUAUCGCUGUCUGUGUAUCCGAUGAAAUAAAGAGCUUAAUUCUUUUCCACGAGAAAGAAUAACUAAAUGGAAAAGAAAAAACCUCCAUUUUUCUAUAUUCCUCUUCUUCUUCCCUUUCUUCUCCAAUUCUUAUCUCUUCCUCUUCUCUCACUGGCCUUCACUCCCCUGGAUAAUUAUCUUAUCGACUGCGGAUCCAACGCAAACAGCACAGUCGAUAGCCGCCAAUUCGUCGGAGAUUCAACGAGCACCGGCUCGGUCUUCCUCUCCGCGCCUCGAUCCAUCUCCCUCAGAGACCAAAGCCCACCUCAGGGUCCAUCGCCUCUGUACCGAACAGCGAGAGUUUUCACUGGGGUCUCCAGUUAUCAAUUUCAAAUCAAGAAAAAGAGCACUCAUCUGGUACGUCUCCAUUUCUUUCCUUUCACUUCACAGAAUUACGAUCUCAGUACCGCUGUCUUCCACGUUUCGAUUCAUGGGUCUUUACUUCUGAGUAAUUUUAGUGUCCGGAGAAGCGGGGGUAACAAUAACAACAGUGCCGUGUUGAAAGAAUACAUAUUAAUGGUAGAUAGUGGGAAGCUUGAAGUUUCCUUCACCCCUGUUGGCACAUCAGGUUUCGGAUUUGUUAAUGCCAUUGAAGUCUUCACGGCUCCCUCUGAUCUGAUUACUGAUGUGGGAAUUCAGUUCAUUAGUCCGGCGGGAGCUGGGGAAUACGAAAACGUGACGUCUCAGAUUCUAGAGACCGUUCACAGGAUCAACGUUGGGGGAGAAAAAGUUACACCUUUUAAUGACACUCUGUGGAGAACUUGGAUUCCAGAUGAGGAUUAUCUGGUUUUGAAGUCUGCGGCAAAGCCCGCUUCUCGAACUCGGCCACCUAAUUACCAGAAGGGGGGAUCAACCAAAGAGAUCGCUCCAGAUAGUGUCUACCUAACUGCCCAGCAGAUGAAUAAGCCCAAUCUGUCUAUGACUCUGAAUUUCAACAUAACUUGGUCCUUUCCGGUGAGUCCAGGUGGUGUCAGGCACCUGGUUCGGUUGCAUUUCUGCGAUAUCGUCAGUACAGCCCUUAACCUGCUGAUUUUCGAUGUAUAUAUCUAUGGCUACUAUGCAUACAAAGAUCUUGACCUGUCUACCAUUACCAGCCAUACGUUGGCAUCUCCUUACUACAUUGACCGUGUCAUUGAUUCGGAUGAUUCAGGGUUUCUGCGCAUUAGCGUUGGACCUUCUGAAAUUACUGCCCCACCAAAUAUUAAUGCUUUACUGAACGGGGUAGAGAUCAUGAGGAUGGUUAGUGCCAAGGGUUCGAUUUUACCAAGCGGGUCGAAGAAAAAACAUGUGGCGCUUCUGUUAGGUUCAGUGCUUGGAGGCUCUGCUCUUAUGUGCGUGUUGAUAAUUGCAGUUGUGCUGGAAAUGAAACGAAGGAAGAAGAAGAAGAAAACAGGAUCAAGACCUGGGGAAACUGUGGCAUGGCCAUCCUGGCAGGCAACUGGAGUGAGAUCCGGCAGCGUGCUAUAUGAAAGGACUGGCAGCACAAGCAUGCAUCUUGGCAUGAAGAUUCCUUUUGCUGAGAUUCAGUUUGCAACGAAAAACUUCGACGACAAUUUGAUUAUCGGUUCAGGUGGAUUUGGUAGGGUGUACAAAGGAGUGCUCAGAGACAACACCAAAGUUGCAGUGAAGCGAGGUGUACCAGGAUCUAGGCAGGGCCUCCCAGAAUUUCAUACAGAGAUCACAGUCUUGUCAAAGAUUCGUCACCGGCAUCUGGUUUCCCUGGUUGGAUAUUGCGAAGAACAGUCGGAAAUGAUACUGGUUUACGAGUACAUGGAGAAGGGGCCUUUGAGGAAUCAUUUGUAUGGUCCAAACUUUCAACCAUUGUCAUGGAAACAGAGGCUCGAAAUAUGCAUCGGUUCAGCCAGGGGUCUCCAUUAUCUUCACACAGGUUCAGCCCAGGGAAUCAUCCAUCGUGAUAUUAAAUCAACCAACAUUUUGCUGGAUGAGAACUAUGUGGCCAAAGUUGCUGAUUUCGGCCUUUCCAGGUCCGGCCCCUGUCUAGAGGAGACCCAUGUUAGCACUGGAGUGAAAGGAAGCUUUGGAUAUCUGGACCCUGAGUAUUUUAAACGGCAGCAGCUCACAGAUAAAUCUGAUGUCUACUCAUUUGGAGUGGUUCUUCUUGAGGUACUCUGUGCGAGACCAGCCAUCGAUAUCUCGCUCUCAACGGAUCAGGUCAACUUGGCCGACUGGGCAAUUAAAUGGCAAAAGAAAGGGUUGAUUGAGCAGAUCAUUGAUCGCCAUCUCGUGGAUCAGAUAAACCCCAGGUCUCUGAAGAAAUUCGCAGAGACGGCAGAGAAAUGCUUGGCUGAAUAUGGUGUUGAUAGACCCACAAUGGGUGAUGUGCUAUGGAAUUUGGAAUAUGUACUUCAGCUCCAUCAGAGCGGUGUAAACAGAGAACCACACGAGGAUAGCGCUCCUGCAGCAUCGGAGCUCCCAUUACCCAGAGUCAUUCCACGCGCUCCUUCUACUAACAUAAGAACCGAAGGAGACAGUGAUGGGAAUUCAGAGGUAUCAACGACCCAAGUCUUUUCACAAUUGAUGACAACUGAAGGCAGAUAGUUGUGGCCAAUGUGCCAUUACACAAUCAAUCAUCAAGAAUGAUAUUUGACAGAUGAUCGAUCAGAUCAGUAAGUCGAUCGAUAGGGUCAUAUAAAGGAAUCAAUCACUUCUUUAGUUCCUCCCAACCAAAUGGAAAUUAACCUUCAACAACUACAGACAUGUAAUGUAAUGUAAUGUAUCUUUUUAUAGUUCUGCCACUCAUAUCUAUGGUUGUUUCUUCUUUAACUUCAACCCCUGCAUUUGCCAAUGUUAUAUUAUUGUGCUAAAGAGAGUCCAUGCUUAUUUAUAUA